AUGGUAAGUAAGAAAUUAUAUAUUUAUUUUGAAAACCCGCUACACUUCUGUUAGAUCAUGUUCUUUGUCUUUGCAUUGUCGCAAUGUAUCUGUAAGGAGAUCCCUCAAAAGUUAGAGCAAUUUGCUUAAUAACAUUUUAGCUGCUGUAAUAAACUGUAAAAAAAUGCAUAUAAAUUGUUUGUCAUGCAAAAUGUAAUUUGAAAUCCGUGGUUUCUUUUUCAGGCUGGGUUGAAAAAGGUUUUUGUCUUUUUUUUACUUCUUCCAUCAGCGAGGACCAUUAUUACCAAAUACUUCCCUUGUGAAACAAAUAUGAAUGACACGAGAGUAGACUGCUCUGACAGAAAACUAGAUUCUAUCCCCUCUAUCAAGUCUAACACUAUUAAGUGGAUCAAUUUAAGUCGGACCAAGAUACAGCAAGUUGGGCAGAAAGAUUUAUCAGAUGUCCCAAACCUCCGCACUCUGGAAGUAAUGCAGAAUUGUCCACCAGGUAGCCUGAGACCUUUGGCAGACCGCUUAUGCAAGUUUGAGAUUGAAAAAGAUGCCCUCUUCAAACUACUGAAGCUGGAAUUUUUGUACCUGGCAGGAAACAGCCUCACCUCUAUCCCCUGGUUACCCAAAAGCCUGAAGGUCCUUGAUCUGGGGAGUAAUUCUAUCUUCCAUAUUGCUGAUCCACUGGGAACGCCACUUCUUAAAGAGCUUAUACUCAACAUGAACUGCUUUUAUGCAAACCCUUGCCACCAUUCAUUUUACAUGAGCAAGAGGGUUUUCAAAGAGCUCCCCAGGCUUCAAAACCUCUCCUUGGGGUAUGAUAACUUGACAGAUAUCCCUGAAGGGUUACCACCCUCUCUAGAGACACUGGAUUUAAGAGAGAACACAAUCACAGAGGUCGCAGAUGAGGCAUUCGCCAACUUGACAAACCUUAAGGCUUUGAUUUUGGAGUGGAAUUGCCAGCGCUGUGAUCAUGCAGCCAGGCCCUGCUUUCCUUGCCCAAACAAUGACCCUCUUCGCCUCCAUCCAAACUCAUUUCAUUCAGAAAACAGCUCCAUCACCUUCCUAAGCCUAAGAGGAAACUCUCUCAGAACAUUUCCAGAGGGUCUUUUCCGACCUUUGACGAAAUUGCGUGGACUAGAUCUCUCCGACAACCUCCUGGCAUACACUAUACAGAAUGGCACUUUCUUUUCAGAGCUGAAGAACCUAACUUGGAUUAGUCUUAUCUAUAACUAUGAACCAUUGAAGACAUUUCCUAAACUGAUCCUCUCCCCACAUAUGGGCAAUAUAUCUGGACUUCAAAAGCUUCUUCUCAGCGGCAACUUCUUCCACAAGGUUUUAAGUGAAAGCCUCAGUGUUCUGUCCAAACUAAAAAAUCUAACAACUCUAGAACUGAGAAUGAACUUCAUCAAUGACUGUGAUAUUCAAGGUCUCAAGAAGUUACCAUCUCUCAUCAAUAUUGACCUCUCUCAGAACAUGCUUAGCUUCAUCCCAUGUCGCUCGAGCGUGUCAUCUGAUAUCAUAGCGCAGGGAAGCUUUGAAGACCAGAGAGAGCAUACACAGAAUUUCACUUCUGCAUUGCUGCUUGACCAAGGAGCCUCAUCUGGAAAUAAUACCAGGGAAUCAAACCAAUUGAUCAGGCUGGGAAUGCCUGAGGACGAUGUAACUGUUUUUCCAUCACUAUGGGACUUUCAGAAACACUUGUGUGAGCACAACCUUACGUUUGACCUCUCUCAAAAUGAAAUAAUGUCUCUUAAGAAAGAGGUGUUUGUGGGUAUGGAAAAUGCUGUGUGUUUGGACCUCUCCUACAAUUACAUGAGUCAAACAUUGAAGCCAGGUGUGUUUCAAAGUAUGAAAAAGUUAGUUUUCUUAAAUAUGUCAUACAACAGACUUGAUUUGUAUUAUAGAAAUGCCUUUGGUGAGCUUAGUAACACUCUGAAGGUGCUAGAUAUUAGUUACAAUGAUUUUCACUUCAAAAUGAGGGGGAUGGGCCAUCGAUUAGAGUUUCUUCAAUACUUAACUAACUUGGAAGUUUUAAGUCUGGCAAAUAAUGGUAUCGGGAUGCGAGUAGAUCAGAGGCUGGUGAGCAACUCUUUGAGGUACCUCUACUAUAGUGGGAACCACCUAAAUGUAAUGUGGAAUUUUGAUAACAACAGGUACACUCACUUCUUCCAAAACAUGACAAACCUUGCGUACCUGGACAUCUCUGACAACAAACUGAAGUCAAUCUCACCAGAAGUGCUGUAUAACCUACCACAAAGCAUCCAGUUCCUUUGCAUAAGCAACAACCAAUUGAACUAUUUCCCAUGGCCUAACAUCUCAACACUCAGCAACUUACGUCACCUGAACCUCAGCCAAAACCAUCUCUCCAACUUGCCCUCUAAAGUCAUUGAAUUUGGUGAAGAUUUUUCUCUCUUGGACCUAAGUCACAACUACUUCAGUUGUAUUCCUGAGGAUUUCUUCAGUAAGGCAAAGUCCCUGAAAUAUCUGUAUCUCAGCCACAAUCAGAUCAAAGAAUUAAACCAUGAGUUCCUCCCUGUCCCCUUUCAAAACGGCAGUGCACUUCGGAAACUCACCCUGCAUGCAAACCCAUUUACAUGUGACUGUGGCACAUCAUGGUUUGCUGAUUUCCUUCGAUCAACGACAAUACAGAUCCCUCAUCUAUUCACAUAUAUACACUGUGAAUUCCCAGAGCCCCUACAAGGCAAGAGCAUACUGAGUGUGGAUCAGCAUUCCUGCCAGGACAUCUAUGGUGGUUUGGCCUUCCUAGUCUGCUCCUUCUUGACCAUAACAUUCACUGUUCUGCCCCUGCUGAAGCACCUCUAUGGCUGGGAUCUGUGGUAUUGCUUACAAGUACUCUGGGCAGGACACAAAGGCUACUCCCAGCUGACUGGAAGUGAUUCACAUUAUCACUAUGAUGCCUUUGUAGUGUUUGACACCAGGAACCAUGCUGUAAGAGAUUGGGUCUACAAUGAGUUCACUGUCAAUAUGGAGAACUCAAGUCAAAGGAGGUUUUGUCUUUGUCUAGAGGAGAGGGACUGGAUUCCUGGACUGUCAUGUAUUGACAAUCUCCAUAAUGCUGUCCACAGCAGUGUUAAAACAGUGUUUGUGCUGUCCAGUGGUGCUAAUGGUACCGAGACAGCGAAUGGUGUGAUCCGCCAGGCUUUCUUCAUGGUCCAGCAGCGACUUUUGGACGAGAAGGUUUGUAAAAGUCAGCAUUAUAAUCUGCGUUCAUUUUGUGUAGUAGUAAAGUAAAAACUUACCCUGCAGUGUCACCAUGUUUUAUACACUGAUGUAUCUCUUGAUUUGUCUAAAUUCAGAUGGAUGUGGCUGUGCUGGUGCUGUUGGAUGAGAUGUUUCCCAAACUGAAGUACCUCCAGCUGAGGAAAAGGUUGUGCAGGAAGUCGGUGUUGUCAUGGCCAAGAAACCCAAGGGCACAACCUCUUUUCUGGAACCAAGUGAGAAUGGCAUUGUCGUCAGACAACCUCAAAUUCUAUGACAACAACAUGAGUGAAAGUUUUAUGUGA